AACUGAAGCCCAAUGGAAUUAAACGUCUUGCCCAGGGUUGCAUAACAAGCAAGUGGUACAGCCAGAAUUUGAGUGUUGCUUCAUCCAGUGCGGUGUGACAGGCUCAAUAAGGAAGGUCGCUGCCUGUUCGUCAUCCUGCUCAUGGCGGUGUACUGGUGCACAGAGGCCCUGCCCCUCUCGGUGACAGCCUUGCUUCCCAUCAUCCUCUUCCCCUUCCUGGGCAUCCUGCCCUCCAACAAGGUCUGCGCCCAGUACUUCCUGGACACCAACUUCCUCUUCCUCAGCGGUCUGAUCAUGGCCAGCGCCAUCGAGGAGUGGAACCUGCACCGGAGAAUUGCCCUCAAGGUCCUGAUGCUCACUGGGGUCCAGCCGGCCAGGCUCAUCCUAGGGAUGAUGGUGACCACCUCCUUUCUGUCCAUGUGGCUGAGCAACACGGCCUCCACUGCCAUGAUGCUGCCCAUUGCCAGCGCCAUCCUGAAGAGUCUCUUUGGCCAGGAGGUUCGUAAAGACCUCAGCUGGGAGAGUGAAGAGAAAGCAGCUGCUGUGCGGAAAAAUGGCCUGCAUAGUGUGCCCACGGAGAUGCAAUUUAUUGCCGGCACAGAAGACAAAGACUGUCCUGAGGAGGCGGAGGCUCCAACGGAUCUCCAGGCAAACUCUAAGAAGGAGGAGGACUAUCGCAGGGACAUCUGGAAGGGCUUCCUCAUCUCCAUCCCCUACUCGGCCAGCAUCGGGGGCACUGCCACCCUCACGGGCACGGCCCCCAACCUCAUCCUGCUUGGCCAGCUCAAGAGUUUCUUCCCACAGUGCGACGUGGUGAAUUUCGGCUCCUGGUUCAUCUUCGCCUUCCCUCUCAUGCUGAUGUUCCUGUUGGUGGGCUGGCUCUGGAUCUCCUUCCUGUACGGAGGGAUAACCCUGAGGGGCUGGAGGAAGAAGAAAUCUGAGAUCAGAAGUGAUGAAGAAAAUAGGGCUCGAGCCAUGAUUCAGGAGGAAUUCCAGAACCUGGGGCCCAUCAAGUUUGCUGAACAGGCCGUGUUCAUCCUUUUCUGCAUAUUCGCCAUCCUCCUCUUCUCCCGGGACCCGAAGUUCAUCCCUGGCUGGGCCAGCCUCUUCACUCCUGGGUUUAUUUCUGAUGCUGUCACUGGCGUGUCCAUUGUCACCAUCUUGUUCUUCUUCCCAUCCCAAAAGCCAUCUCUCAAGUGGUGGUUUGACUUUAAAGCUCCCAACACAGAGACAGAGCCCUUGCUGACGUGGAAGAAGGCUCAGGACACGGUGCCCUGGAACAUCAUCCUUCUCCUGGGAGGGGGCUUCGCCAUGGCCAAAGGCUGUGAGGAGUCGGGGCUGUCCGCGUGGAUUGGCGGGCAGCUGCACCCGCUGGAGGAGCUGCCGCCGGCGCUGGCCGUGCUGCUCAUCACUGUGGUUGUUGCCUUCUUCACGGAGUUUGCCAGCAACACGGCCACUAUCAUCAUCUUUCUGCCUGUCCUGGCGGAGCUGGCCAUCCGUCUGAGGGUGCACCCCCUGUAUUUGAUGAUCCCCGGCACAGUCGGCUGCUCCUAUGCCUUCAUGCUUCCAGUCUCGACACCCCCCAACUCCAUCGCCUUCGCCUCUGGACACUUGCUGGUCAAAGACAUGGCGCGGACAGGACUCCUGAUGAACGUGAUGGGCGUCCUGCUGCUCAGCUUGGCCAUGAAUACCUGGGCGCAGACCAUCUUCCAGCUGGGCACCUUCCCGGACUGGGCCAACAUCCACCUACCCAAUGUCACAGCACUGCCAUCCACCUUGGCCAAUGACACGUUUCAGACCCUCUGAGCCCCCCUCAGGUACUCUCUUUGGGCUGGGCCCUCCCAGAAGUUCUCGCCAUCCUCUGCUGCCAGGACCCUACAGGAUGAUCAAGCAAUUCUUCUCUGUGAUCCAGUACGCAGCAAGCAAGGGUGACUUCCAGUGGUCCACUCGGGCCCAUAGUCUCGUUCUCUAGGAUACCUUCUCCUCUGUCAUGCAGUUCAGGGUGCAGCUACCUCCCAGAUCUGCUGCCUGAGCAACAAGCUCCUUUAUCCCUGAGCUGUUCCGUGGUUAGGAUACAAGAAAGCCCAGUUUCAGCAACAAUAAGCAAAUCUGGAAUGGCGUUUGUCUUGAAUAGGUAGGGUGGGAAGCACAGCUAGCAGCCCUCACUGACUACACGAGUUACCAUCUGGAGAGACCAUCUUGCCUUUAGGGAUCACCUUCCUUCAAGAGACUUUGGGGCUGCUGUGUCCCAGUCCAGCUGUUCCAGCUGUUCACAGCUGGCGUGUGCUCUGCUUGGUGGGGGCCAAUUCUCUGCCAGUUAUUCAAAUAUCACCCCUGCUGAUACCCAGCAUCCAGGGGUAUUUUCAAUCCCUGGAGACAGGGGGAGGGACAGAUGACAUCCCGAGGACAUGGAGAUCGUGCAAAGCCUCCUUGCUGCUUCUCCGGGCUCCCGAGCACACAAGGGGAGUUCUAGACCUUUCUACCCAAGCUUAUUAGGAUUUUCCUGUUCAGUCUGAUUCAGUGCGGCCACAGUUCCAGGGUCAGGCCAAGUCUGGGCCAUGCCCUCUCACAGGUGACCCAUGGCCCCUCCAGCCGGGCCCCUUCCGCACGUGGCCCGCAGGGGCCUUCGUGGCUGCAGGCUUCUUCUUGCUCCAGGAGCUGGUCUUUACCUCCCCACCCCGACCCAAAGCGGGAAGCAUGUUUGGGUCACAUAAGCAAAGGCCACAUUUUUCAGGGGUGAGAGAAAAGUCAAAAGAUAAAUUGGGGCCUUGUAAGAGGUCAAAUGUUUCAGGCAGGGAAACACCAUAAUCCUCUUCUACAGAUGAGGACAACUUAAGACUUCCCCUGAGCCAGUGGCUGGUGGGGUCUGUCCUAGAGGAUCUGAUCCCUCCUUACUUCAAGUAGGAACAUCUCGAAAAGGCACCGGCUGAGGGGCCCAGAAAGCUCACAUCCCCGACUUCCUACGCCUCUGAGGGAUGAGGUUCCCCAAGCAGCUCGGGCUGGGAAGCGGCACCCAGGGACUGAACUUGUUCUUGAAACAGCACAAAUGAGUCAUGGAUGUUCCCCUGGGAGCAGUGGGGAGUAGGGAGAAUGGGCUCCCUGUCCUUCCCAUGGGGUUACUUCAACAUUUAGUCACAGUUACAGCCCGUUGGGGUGGGGCGUGCACUCCUAUUGGAUGGGGCAGUGGAGAAAUUCAUUCACAGAGAAACCCAAGGGGCUUAUAACUGGAUGAAUCGUGAUUUCAAAUACUUCUGAUUGAAAAUUCUAUAAAAUAAAGAAUGUUAAUCAA